AUGGGUGACAGCACUAAUAUUAGUGUUAACGAUGGCAGCAGCCAUGCCCAGCAUGUCGUCCAGGCCGAUGUUCCCUCACCCUUUGAAGGCUACCGAGAGCCUCCUCGCCCAGAGAGCGAAGCGUCUGCCAACCAGACACAGAGAAACGAUGUGCCUAACACGAGUGAACGACAAUCGCGACCGCUACCGCCCUUCCCAUCCUCUGCCUAUCAGGAAAUGCCACCGCCAGGAUGGAUGUGGAUACCAAGUGAUAUGUUUCAAUUGAUGAUGAACCGCCAGGGGAAUGUCCUGAUGCCAGAUCCUGGUACACCUGGUGCGCCAUUAUUUAAUAAGAAAGAUGCGAGAAAGUUCCUUCGGAACUUUGAGAAGUUGUGUCAAAGGCGUGGUAUCAGCGAUCCUGCUAGGCAGUGUGAGCUGUUUGCCGAUUAUUGUGAGGACUCUAUCCAGUCGUGGGUGGAGUAUGAUCCUCUGUGGAAAUCUCGCGAUUGGGAAGCGUUUAAGGACAUGCUCUUGGCCAAUGAGGUCAUUCAGGAGAUCCAGAGGUGUGAGUGGUUGAUAACGGGGCUGCCUGAUUGGCUACGACAUCGCGUUGCAAAAAGGGGCAUUAUCGACUUCGACCGGCCGUCUAGGCCUAUGCGGCUAGAUUGGAUUGCUGAUGAGGUGUCCUGCACGAUGGCAGCGCAGGAUAAGUACGAGAGGGUGAUCAAAACGACUGGUCGACCUAGCAAUCAAGAGGUGACGUCGACAAAGGAAAGGAAGAGUGUCGCUUGGAAAGGUGGUUUUUCGGCCGAAAAACCUGCCAUUUCUUCAGGGCGACGAGAGAAGAAUUUGGAAGAACAGGUGGAAGAGAUGCGCCGUCAAUACAACGAUAUGAAGUUAACAGUCAAUAUGCUGCAAUCAGGCAUGGCGAAGAAGGAUAUGAGAAAUGAUACUGCUUACGUCCCUGCUGAUGCUUCAAGAUUGGCCUAUAGAGGACAGCGGUUAAGGCCUGCUGAUGGCAGAAGCCUUCCGAUUUGUUACUUCUGUGGCAUUGUUGGCCAUAUUUCGAAACCGACGGCUUGUCAGGCAAUGUCUGACGCGAUCAGCAAGGGCGACAUGCACGUUGGUAAUGAUGGCAAGUCAUACAUUGGCCGUGCUGGUGAAGGUGGCCCGACUAUGCAGUUUAUCUCAGGAAGGCCUUCUAUGGAAGGACUGCCCGCCCAGCUGCGAGAAUGGCGGCGCAAUACUCUGAGGGUGCCAGCUCAGCAUUUAAUGCCGAUGUCACAGCCGACGACUGAUCCUACACCGCUGCCUAGGCAGAUCCCACAUUAUGAUGGGCAGUCUAUUUAUAAUGACCUUGGAAUUAGCCCUGAGGAAAAUCAGGAGAUUGAUUGCGAUGAUGAGAUCAUUGAUGUGGGAUAUGAGAGUGCUGGUAUCAAUGCUGUUGAAACGCGUGGUAGUCAACAGCAGGAUCCUGUACGGGCAAAGCGCCGUGCAAAUGGCAUCGCUUCCACCAAGACAUGGCAAAGUGGUCAAUAUAUGCAGCCUAGUCGACAGGCAAGAGUGGAAAAUAUUGAUAAUGAUGAUGUGAUGAUGGAUCGACCCCCAGACAGUCAUAUCGAGCCACGCACGCAGUAUAUACCAGUGCCUGCUACCAGCGGAAGAUCAAAUGUGACCGUCAACCAGAGAAAAUCAGUGCCCGUUAGCCAGGUGAAGAAGACGGCACCCUAUAUGACAUCAACGGCAGCAUUAGAAGCGUUGGUUAAGAGAAGGGUGUUGGACACUAAGGUGGACCUAACAGUUGAGGAAAUGGGCAGGAUUAUUCCGAGGCUCAAGACUAACCUGUUUCGCGACACCGAGGGUCUUCGUCCUGCUAUUCCACAACCUACUUCACAAUCUGAGAAUGUGACGAAUGUGACGAAUGCGACGCAGUUGACGCCAUCGCGUUAUGGCGGCGACGAUCAUUUGCAAGUGGCUGUCGGCAAUGUUCACCCAAGUACGUACCGUGACGAUCGCCGAUCGACAGUGGUGGAAGAUCGGGUAGAAACACAUCGUGAUGUGUAUUCACUUGGCCGUCUAUACUCUGAAGUGAUCGUGGCAGGUUAUAUGCUGCGUGGCAUGAUUGAUUCUGGCAGUGGCGUCGAUGUGAUGGGCAGAAAGCAAGCAGAGACACUAGGGUUGCCGAUCAAACAAGAUCCGAAGAUUCAUGUGGUGCCCGUCAAUGGUGUACAUGUUAAGUGCCUUGGCUGUAUUCAAAACAUGCCUAUUCCAUUGGCGACAUCACCACUCACACCAUUUAUGGAAGCGACGAUGAUGGCGCUGGCGCAGCAACCUGAUGGGAAGGUGGAAUGCACGGUAUAUAAUGAUGCAAGGACGAGGAAGGUGGUUUUUCCGGUCUAUUCGCCAGAAGAAAACAAGAUCAUUAGGGCCUCGAGGCUGUGGCCUAAUGAGAUGAUUUGUGAGAAUGCCCCGUUUGUUGAGGGUGCCUUUAAACUCCUGAGCAGACGUAUGAAUUCUGGUACGACACCUGCUAUUACUAAUUUCCCGAGAAUUGUUAAUUUCGAAGAUUUGACUAGUUCUGCCGAUUCUGUUGAUGGUUUUGAUUGUUCUGAUCUCGGUGUGUUGACUGAUGUGGGCGCAAGGCCAGACGUGGGUGUGCCAGCACCGCUAUCUGGCUAUGCGCCUAUGAACCUGCUAAAUGUGUCAGCAGGAAGUGUGAUUGAUUUGGAUGAUUACUAUCUUCCGCCUGAAUGGAAGGAUGUGGAUGUUGACGGUUUCAGAGAUGUUGGGUUUGGCGAUGUGCGGAGUGUGCAUUAUCGUUCAACCACGAAGGAUGUUGACUCUUUGCCACCGUGUCGUGAUCAUGGUGUUGGGUUUAUUCACACUGCCUAG